CCAGAUCAGCGUUACUCGGCGGAGAGCAAAUUUACAGCUACUUUUCCGGAGCUGCACACGCCUCAUAGUCCGGGACAGACCACACAUUUCGUUCGCCCAACAUGGCGGCAGACGAGACGAUACAGGACGCUGUUGCUUUGAAGAAUAAGGGCAAUGAGGCCUUCAAGGCAAAAGACUGGCCGACCGCCAUCGAAUACUACACGAAAGCGAUAGAGGCCAAUGACAAAGAGCCUUCAUUCUACACCAACCGAGCACAAGCCAACAUCAAGCUCGAAGCAUAUGGUUACGCCAUCGCAGAUGCGACAAAAGCGCUUGAGAUCAACCCAGACUUUGUAAAGGCAUAUUACCGAAGAGCUGUCGCCAAUACCGCAAUUCUGAAGCAUAGCGAUGCUAUCCAUGAUUGGAAAGUGGUGGUACGGAAAAAUCCAACGGACAAGGUUGCAAAAGCACAAUAUGAGGCGUGUCAGAAGAUGGUGAAGCGUGAUGCUUUCCUCAAGGCAAUCGAGAUUGCAGAUGCGCCGUCGGCGGCGCAGGGCUUGGACUUGGACAACAUGAUCGUGGAAGAAGAGUACGAUGGCGUGCGAUUAAAGGACGAAAUGACGCAGGAAUUCAUAGACGACAUGAUUGAUCGCUUCAAAAACGGGAAAAAGAUACACAAGAAAUAUGUUUACCAGAUCAUUCUUGCUGUGAAGGACAUCGUAUACAAUGAGCCAACGAUGGUGGAGACUAUGGUGGAAGCGGGUACCAAACUCACGGUUUGCGGAGACACACACGGCCAGUACUUCGACCUUCUAGAGAUUUUCAGGCUCAAUGGGUUCCCUACCGACAAGCAUCACUACCUCUUCAACGGAGACUUUGUUGAUCGUGGUUCUUGGUCGACGGAGAUUGCGUUGCUUCUAUACGCUUACAAGUGGCUCCACCCGAACUCAUUCUUCCUGAACCGCGGAAACCACGAAACCGACGAUAUGAACCGCAUGUAUGGGUUUGAGGGCGAAUGCAAAGCCAAGUAUAACGAACGCGUAUUCAAACUCUUCUCAGAAUCAUUCUCCGCUCUUCCACUGGCAACUCUGAUUGGCAAUAAAUACCUCGUGCUCCAUGGCGGCCUCUUCUCCGACGACGGCAUCAGCCUCGACGAUAUUCGUAAGCUCAACAGACACGGCCAGAGGCAGCCAGGCCAGUCCGGACUCAUGAUGGAAAUGCUCUGGACCGAUCCACAGCCAGCACCUGGACGUGGUCCAUCAAAACGUGGCGUUGGUCUUCAAUUCGGCCCAGAUGUCACCAAGCGCUUCUGCGAAAAGAACGGCCUCGAAGCUGUCAUCCGAAGUCACGAAGUGCGCAUGGAUGGCUACGAAGUCGAGCACGAUGGACGAUGCAUCACAGUGUUCUCUGCGCCGAAAUACUGCGACUCAACAGAGAACAAGGGUGCUUACAUCAAUAUCGAGAGCGACUAUAAGCUGCAAUACAACCAGUUCGAUGCCGUGCCGCAUCCAGACAUCAAGCCCAUGGCGUACGCUAAUAACAGCAUGAUGCAGAUGAUGGGACUGUAGGACACGCCGAAAUCUAAAGCAAAGCUAGGAUCUUCACUUCGUUUUGGGAGGCUUUGAGCAAUGAUUUGCAUAGCGUCCGGGGGUGGUUGGUUGUCUCUAUGCACGGCGUUUCAAGGCGCCAAUCCAGACUGAAGGCAUGUGCGCUCGAGUUUGCUUGAUGCAUAUCAUGAGCUACGAGGAUGUGGAGUAAGCAAGCAAGCAUGUAGGUUGGGUGGCGGGUUGAAACCUUGGAGAGUACUGGUAGCAUACCAUACAGCUUGGGUUUGAAUAUACAGGAUCUGUUCUGUGC